CCGUUCAGAGCAAAGAAGAAAACGAAAACGAAGCAACUGUACUUACUUUACUUCCUAUUGGCUUCUUUCCUUCUAUUCUCUGCUUCACAUCAAACAUAUUCAGGCUGCCACUCCCCAAUCCCUAAUCUCAAUCUCUCUUCUUUCAUCACUUUUCUUUCAUUUUUCCUGUUUGCCAAACAGCGUCAACCCUGAACCCCCUGUUUUCGUCCAGACCCUGACUGUACUUUUCCGUAGCGGCGGCAGUGGUGGGUCAAUUAGUUUAAGUCGCCGGCGGUAAGAGAGAAAAAGAAAACAAAUGACUGAGCUGCAAAUUUCAGAGACAGAGAGUAGCUCUAACUCCUUCUGUUCUCUUCCGUUAUCACCCUCAUCUCCUGGUUCAACUCAUUCACAUACUAGCUCAGCCCCUAACUCAACUACUACUGUGAACGUUAAACCAGAAGCCAGUUUGGAUUCUAACAAGAGGAGUAAGAGACUGAGGGAUUCGAGCAAGCAUCCAGUAUACCGUGGCGUCCGAAUGCGAAGCUGGGGAAAAUGGGUGUCCGAAAUCCGAGAGCCACGCAAAAAAUCACGCAUUUGGCUCGGCACUUUCCCCACAUCCGAAAUGGCGGCCCGCGCUCACGAUGCCGCCUCUUUAAGCAUCAAAGGCGACUCAGCGAUUCUCAACUUCCCUCAACUGGCCAACUCGUUACCUCGACCCGCGUCAUCAGCACCCCGUGACGUCCAAGCCGCGGCAGCCAAAGCUGCCCAGAUGGAACAAUUUGAGUCUCCCCCAUCGUCUUCCACACUGUCGUCGUCGCCAUCGCUGUCGUCUUUGGUUUCUCAUAUGGACUUAUCUUCAGGGUCGGACGAGUUAAGCGAGAUAGUGGAGCUGCCAAGUCUAGGGCCGAGCUAUGACUCAGUGGAGUUGAAGAAUGAACUCGUGUUUAUAGAGUCGGUGGAUGGGUUGUUUUAUCCUCCUCCAUGGAUUCAAAGCUUGGAAGAUUGCGGGUAUGCUUGCGAUCAAUUAGUAGUCCCAGAGAGCAUUUUACAAAAUGGUUUCGAAGAAAGUUUGGUAUGGGAGUAUUAGUGUUUUUGUGUUGUUAAUGAACUCGACUUCGUAUCUUUUCUCUUUGUUUUGGACCCUUUUUGCUAUAUUUCUUUCAAGGGUAAAAAACUAAAAACUCUUGUUUUUUGCUCUGUUUAUUUGACUUUGUGUACAGUGUUUAGGAUGGGAAGAAGAGGAAAGUGUCUUAAACUUUUUGGUUGGUGCAAACACGGCGUCGGGUUUAAUAUAAUGUCCACCCGUGUAUAUUCUCUCAAACAAACAACUUGCCAUUGGAGAAUAGGAAAUGGUAAAAAAAAAAAGUUUAUUUAUUAUUGUGA